UUGAAAAUACUUGAAAAAAAAACCAAGCUCCGCUAAUCUUCACAUCAAAACGGCCAAGGGCCCUCAAAACCCGAGUAAAAAUCGUCCGCCGAGUGCGCGAAGAGUGGACAAUUGUCGGUAAAUCGAGGGGGGCCGGAGGGGGGGUAAUGAGUGAAAAAUCCAAGUGUAGCGUCGCUCUCUCGAUUGUUACAAACAGGACAAGGGGAGUCAGGGGAACGCCGGGGACGUUGGUCACGUGACUCGUGCUGCGUUUUGAGCGCACUAACUCAGAUUGUAAAUAGCAAGUGUACAUAGGUGUGAUAGGCCUGAGGGGGUGAUUUAGUUAAGGUCUGCAGGGGAAAAUAGCCAUUUUCGUCACAACCUGACCGGCGGAAAUAAACUUGAAUCAUGAGCUCCGGUAAUAAAUCGUUGGUGUCCUCCGGUGGGAGAGGCACUAACAAGAAUAAAUCAUCUCAGCAGCAUGGUAAAUCAGAUCAGCAUCAUUCGAAGAUCACAGACACUGCUAAACAUGACAAAGGACAGUCGAAGGAUCAAUCGAAGCAUGCACAAAUAAUCGACACUCGAUCGGGCGUGAGCGAGGACCCAGCGGUGAAGGAGCUGAUAAAGCAAGCAAUGGAGGUGACUCGUCGUACGGAGGACCAAGUGAUAAUGGCCCUCCACGACAGCGACUGGGACUUCGACCGUGCUGUGAACGAUCUCCUCGAGGGUGUAUCAGCGGAGUGGGAGGUGAAGAAGAAGAAAGCCCGCCAGCCAGGUGGUUCAAAGCCGACGACCGAUCAGUCAGGGGAUCAGGAGGAGACAGGCGGUUGGGAGGAGCGACGUAAUCAGCGCGGCGGUGGUCCCCCGCGUCUGAGGGGUCGUGCAAAUCACGACAAUCGUGGCUGGCGUGGACGGGAGAACAAGGAGAACGAGCGCAACAUGGAGGACAACGUGCGUGAGAGUGGCUACAGUGGUGGUAGACGUGGUGGCCGAGGUGGUCCAGGCAGAUCAGGUCGUGGUGGUCGUGGUGGUGGCCGAGGUCUAGGGCCCCGUACCUUCGCCAACCGUGACUCAGCCUCCUCGUCAGCUGCCCACAGCUUCAAUCGUCCCAUUGACACCUGGACGGGCAGCGAGGAGCAGCAGCAGAGCAGCCAGGAGCCCAAGAUCGACCCCUGGAGCAACCUGGAGCCAUCUGAAGACUGGGAGGCUGAGGAGUACACUGGUUCCCUCGCUGACACCAAAGUCUUCACACCGAGCACAGCAAUGGGCGAUCAGCCAGCCGAAGAAGCCAAGACGGAUCAAGCCCUCGGCUCCCAGCCCAUUCAGCACCCACCGAUUGGCAUCACCGAGGACCCCAAACUGGAGACACCUCUCAUCCAGCAACAGCCACCCCUGAUCCAGUCACAGUCCCAGGGCCAGCAGCAACAGCCCCAACUCCGCAUUCCCGAGCUCCAGAUGUCUCAAGCCAGCACUGUGGGCGGUGGUGUACUGACAGCAGCACAGAGCCAGUACCUCACGCAAUUGACUCAACAGUCGUCUGAGAAUUACAAGACUCCAUCUGCAUUCACCUCCAUUGGGAUAUCCAGCCAGUCCCAGAGGCCAGCUAAACAACGCCCUCGUGUUCCACCUCCCUCGAAGAUACCCUCGAGCGCUGUUGAAAUGCCUGGCGAUGUUAAUAGUAGUAUAGGCUUUCUAGACGUGCAAUUCGGUGCAAUGGAGUUUAGCAGUGAUACGGGGAAUAUCGAUAGCACAACAACUGAUAAGUAUAACUCAUCGGGGACUAGUAUUACUGGGAUUGAUGUCACCUCCAGUGUCACGUCGUCAGGGGUCAAUUCAACGACUAAUUCUAAUUCACUGGAGAUUGACACAGCACAACAGGGCAGUUACAAUGCAUCCUCCCAGAUUGUUCCGUCACCUAAUAAUGCCAGUGUUGGGUAUGGCAAUAGUGGGGCUGCUACCACAACGUAUUCACAGAAGAACUCUUAUCAGUCGACCAAUACGCCGAGCUACAACUACUCUUCCAGUGGGAGCCAGUCUGGACAGUCGUCUUAUCCAUCGUCGACUGGUGGCAGCAAUAAUUACACCACGACUACUACGCAGUCGGGGUACAGUGGGAGUUCAUCGUAUCCUCAGUCCAAUCCAUCUACGUUCAGUCAAGCUUCGCCCUCCGCUCCGUCGUCGUCGAGUGCUUCUGGGUACAAUCAAACUGCUAGCUCCAAUCAGGCUUAUCAGUCCAACAGCUUUGUGCCCACUACCACUGGACAGUAUCAGUCCACAACGCAGUCGACUAAUGCUGGGUCCAAUAGCAGUUAUCAGGGCGGGAGCUAUCAGAGCUCUUCGAGCUUUCAGAGCACUCCACAGGCCUAUCAACCGUCUGGCACUACGUUCACAUCACCGAUCACGCAGGGCAGCAGCAGUGCUUAUCAGAGUGCACAUUCGGUAUACGGCAGUGGUUACGGAAAUUACAGUACUCAGCCCCAAGCAACUGCCCACAAUCACACAAAAUUGAACAGUGGCUCGAGCAAGGACUCCCAGUAUGAUAACAAUGCAACGACAAGCAGUGGGUCCCUUGCGACGACGAGUGCCCCAUCCUUGGGUCUAUCAUCAGCCUCUGUCAAUAGUUCACAGACUAAAGUGACUAGUUCAAAUGCAGUGCCAAAAAGCACAUCCAGCGGCAGUGCAGUAUCUGGUGCCAGCGGGACUGGAAGUAUAACAGGAAGUGGAGCAGGUGCAGCUAGUAGUAUGACGCCGAUGCUGGGCCAUCAGUAUAUUAUGGGACAAGGUGUACCUUAUGCCUUCCAACAGCCCAUGUACAGUUACGAGGAUCUCCAGAUUAUGCAGCAGAGAAUACCGCACAUGCCAACUACUGGUUACUAUGACGCGGCACUCGGCUAUCAGACGACUGGUCCAGCAACGAGCCUCGGCGGUGGACGAAGUGAUGCAUUGUCUGGUGUUCAGGGUGUUCAAGGGGUUCAGGGGGUCCAGGGUGCCUACACUAGUAUGAGUGAUGGAAGGUUCGCGAGAAAUGACAGCAAUGCAUCGCCGGUACCGUCGACCAUGUCACAGCAGACUGCAUCACAGCAUCAGCAACCGAUGAUGAACCCAGCACUGCCUCCAGGCUAUGCGUACUUUGCAUACAGCGGUGGAAUAAUGCCAGGGAGUUUCCAGGCUUAUGGUGGACCGCCAAUUUAUCCUCAAAUAGCUACUGCUGGCAAUGCUGGAACGAACAGUGCGGCGUACAACGCUAAACCUGGUAGUUACGGCUCUGGAUAUGGGGGUGGGGCAAGUUACGAUACACUAGCCAAUGCUGGUCCAACUGCUGAGUAUAAGGGGGCUGGCAGUGGUUACACUGGGACUCAAACUGGAAAGACUGGAUCGUCCACAGGGAAUAAUAACUCUGGGGCGUCUUCUGCUACUGAUAUUGGCGCUAACAUGUACGCUAAGAGUCAUGUGGCAUUGAGUAAAGUCAAUUCGUACGACAAACAGGCUUUUCAUUCGGCAACGCCACCACCAUUUGGCUUGACGGGUAGCCAGAGUGCUGGUAUGCCAGGUGGUUACGGUGGUCCACACUUAUUCAUCUCAACGAUGCCACACCAGUUGCAUCAGCCACUCCAUCAGGACGGUGGCAGUAGUUCUGGACAGAGAUCCAACGCUAGCUCCCAGAAUAAGGCACAGGCAAAGCCUGGCUACAGUUCUUCAACCUACUGGACAGCUGGUAAUUAAAGCCACAUGAGGAAAAUUCAAAGUAAACUGAAGGAGUGAAUAACAAUUAACUCACGAUUCGAUGCAUAAAAUUGCAAUAAAUUAAUCGAAUCGGUGGGUUUUUUGCCGAAUGGAGGACACAUAAUACACAAAAAAAAUAAACAAAGUGGGCGGACAUGUAUACACAUUAUUAUUAAAUAGAUUGAGAAAGAGAUGAAGUGAUGAGGACCCGCUCGAAUACACUCGAAAUCAGGAUGGUAUUUUUCCUUUGUCUUCUUGUUCUUUUUUUUUAUAAAUUAAUUAUCCUUUAUUUCCCUCGCGUUGUAGAAAAUUCGGGCAUAACACUGCGUUAUGCGUUUCUAGAGACCGAUAAUAAAUAUUUAAAGUCCUGAGAGAUAUUGAAAAUGGAUUAACAAUUAUUGAAAUAAUGUUUUCCAUUUUUAAACUUUAGUAAAACAUUCACUAUUAUGAAAAUUCUUUUACGAUGACUGCGACGGUUACAGCAGAUUCUUUUUUAUUCAAUUAAAAAAUUAGGUGGAGAUUCAAUUUUCAAUCAAGUCGUGUCUUCUGUUUUUCCAUUGAAAAUUAACAAAAGAACCAUUUUCCUCGCGUUGAUACAAUACGUACUGAAUGAAUAAAGAUAAUGUUCAAAAGUUUAAGUAUUCCUUCGAUUUUACAAAACACUGAAUAAAAAUCAUCAUCCCCCCCCCCCCAAGUAACGAAUUACUUAAUCACCCAAUUCUACUUUUAUUAAUCGUACAAUAGUAAUCAUUAAAUGUCUAUGAAAUUUUCUUUCCCAUAAGUGCAUUUCUCCACUAUUUUUUUUUGUUUUAUCUUUUCAUUUUAAGAAAUAAAGUAGCGUUCAAUCGAAAUGAUAACCAAAGCUAACGAAUCAAGUAUAUAUUACAAAGUGUAAUUAAAAUUUCUCGAGAAAUUAAGAAGAAUUAUAAACACAAAGUGCUUGGCUUAUCACGAGGAAAUUCACAGACUAUCUACGCUUUAUUUCA